AUGCUAAAUCAAAAACAGAACUAUCAAGCAAGGAACAGGCUGGUUUAUAUCUUAUUGCUGCACAUGUCUUGGGAUGUGGUCCAGAGUCAGCUGCAUUAUAUCAUCCCAGAAGAAUCUAAGCAUGGCACCUUUGUUGGAAGAAUUGCUCAGGAUCUGGGACUGGAUAUAGGUGAGAUCAAUUCCAGAAUGUUACAUAUUAUCUCUAGAGAUGAGAAGGAAUAUUUCCAGGUUAAUCUGCAGAAUGGGAUCUUCUUUGUUAAAGAGACAAUAGACAGAGAAAUAUUGUGUCCAUUUAAACCAUUCUGUAUUAUUCCUCUGCAGGUUAUUGUAGAUAAGCCUGUGCAGAUGUAUCGUGUAGAUGUAGAAAUAGAAGAUAUAAAUGACAAUAGUCCAGUAUUCCCCUCUGCAGUGUUCAGUCUUGUGAUAUCAGAGCUCAGACCUGCAGGAUCUCGAUUUCUUCUACAGGGAGCUAUGGAUCCAGAUAUUGGUAUAAAUUCUGUCACAAAUUAUGAGCUCAGUGCAAAUGACUAUUUUGCUUUAGAUUUUCAAAAAUAUAUGAAUCAGAUAAGAUCUGUGGAACUUGUACUGAAGAAACCCUUAGACAGAGAAAAACAAUCUCUUCACAAUCUCACUCUUAUAGCUUAUGAUGGAGGCAAACCACGACUAAGUGGUACAACUAACAUUGUCAUUACUUUGGAAGAUGUUAAUGAUAAUGCGCCCUCUUUUGAUCAGCCAUUUUACCAAUGUAGCAUCUCUGAGAAUGCAAUUGUAGGGAGUUUAGUCAUCAGAUUGAAUGCAACAGAUUUAGAUCAGGGGAAGAACAGAGAAAUAUUAUAUAAAUUUGGAAAGCAGGUCACAGAAGAAAUUAGCAAUAUUUUUACCUUGAACAAACACACAGGGGAAAUAAGAGUUAAAGGAGGAAUGGACUUUGAAACAGUUACAAUGUAUGAAAUUCAAGUUGAUGCUAUUGAUAAUGGGGAACAUCCUAUGGCUGGACAUUGUAAAGUUUUAGUGACUGUUGUAGAUGUCAAUGAUAACCCACCAGAGAUGACAAUAACAUCCCUUUCUGUUCCUGUUCCUGAGAACUCCCCCCGAGGUACAACUGUUGCAAUAAUCAGUAUCCAUGACAAAGAUUCAGGAUUAAAUGGAAAAGUUAACUGUCACAUUUCAGAGAUUACACCCUUCAAAAUCAACCCUGCAUUUAUGGCAGAUUUUUCUCUCAUUGUGAAUGGACAACUGGACAGAGAGACUAAAUCGCAAUAUACAGUUAUUAUCUCUGCUAAAGACGAAGGAUUUCCACCUCUGUCAGUAUCAACAACUCUUAUAAUUGAUAUAAGUGAUGUAAAUGACAAUGCUCCCCAAUUUCAACAAUCUUAUGAUACAAUAUUUAUCAGGGAAAACAAUGCUCCGGGUUCUCUUGUCUAUACAGUAAAAGCUUUCGACCCAGAUGUUGGCCAAAAUGCCUUCAUCACAUAUUCAGUCCAUGAUAGCACCAUUGAUGGGAUUCCCAUAUCAUCUUACAUCUCCAUUAAUCCGGAAAAUGGGAAGUUAUUUGCUUUAGUAUCAUUUGAUCAUGAACAGAUUACAUAUUUUCAGUGUCAUAUAGCAGCCACUGAUGUCGGCCUACCUCCACUCAGCUCAAAUGUAACGCUUAAUAUUUUUAUUGAAGAUAUUAAUGAUAAUGCGCCAUCAUUUUCUCCACCUUAUGCAACAUCUAUAAUCAAAACUCCAAAGUCUGCACAGUCUGGAUACAUGGUAGCAAAAGUUAGAGCGAUCGAUCCUGAUUCUGGCUACAACGCUUUGAUGACUUAUCAUUUUAGGGAUUUAUUAGGCAAAAUACCAUUUGCCAUUACGCAACACACUGGGGAAAUCAGUUUAAAACGCCAAUUCCUGGACUCAGACAAUGAUGAAUAUAGAUUAGUUGUAGUGGCUCAGGACCAUGGAGAACCAGCUAUGACAGCAGUAGCACAAGUGAUUAUUUCCUUGGUGGACUCUGAAGAGGAAAUGAAGCUUGACAAUCAUGAGUCAAGAAGUAAUACUGAAGAAUUUUCUGAUGCAAAUGUUUAUUUAGUUACGGCAAUCUGCAUUAUUUCAAGUAUAUUUCUUAUUACGUUAAUUGUCUUCACUUUUCUAAAAUGGCAAAAAUACAGGGAUGAGAUCAAUGACCUAAAAGAAAAUUACAAAAUUUGCUCUAACACUGGAGGAAGCUGGAUGUAUUCGCAGCAAACUCAAUAUAGAGUAUGCUCAAACUCUCAAAAAGCAAAGAAUGACUUGAUCAUAUUCCCUGCAAAUUGCUCUCAAAUACCAGGAAGUGGUAAUCAACAAGGAGUCAUCCUGAAUCAGGUGAGGAAAUGA